CGCAUUGGCUUUGCACUAGUACCCUUUGCGUUGUGGAUGAAGGAAGGACACUAAGAAAGAAGUGAAUGUUUACCAAGGGCAAAAGGCAUUUCGUCAGCCCGACCAACUAAAUAGCACCUCAAUGUCGCUAUGCUCAAGUUCAUCACACAUAAGCUGCGAAAUCAGUCCCUAAAUGAAGUAAGACCGAUAGAGAACCAGGGCUCUUGGUUAGCGGAACAUCUCGAAGAGUUGGAGAGUAUCGGAGGGGACACAGGCAAGGAUAUACCAACUCCAAAUGAAAGGGAUAACGGAAAUGGGAAUAAUAACAAUUUUCCAAGUCUCACUGGAGAGCCUCACGUCUUAGAACCGCUGCUGAAAGAACUUCGUCUUGAAAAAUACUCUGAAAAUGCAGGAAUAAAUUACUUAACUUCAUCAAGGCUAGAAGUCUUCUCAGAGCAAAGCUUAAAAGAGAAAGAACCCGAAAAUGACUCUAAAAGAGAUGAAACAAAGGAAAAUCAACCGUGCUUUUUGCCUGUAUUGGAGUUUCCAGCUCGAACUUUUCCAAGCUCGACGGAUAAGAGAAAAUUGACUGAUUUUAAGAGACGCAAGGUAGAGAGUAGCAGUGAUAGCUCGUCAAGCGAUGAUGAAUUGAAGGAGCUGUGCUCCUAUAGUAGCGCUAAGCUGAGGGCUUGCUCAAGACCCCCGGAUAAGAUUGCUGCUGUGUCGUCAUCUUUUGUUGUUUGCCAGCGACGUAGAAACAGAGGCCCUUCGCCAAGACUUCAGACUAUGCCAAGGCCUUCAAUUAACUUCGAGAGGAUGCAACAGCAGACCAUGGUGUUCAGAAAGCAAAGGAGCAGAGUCGUUAGAGUGAGGACCCUGCCAUCCAUGCAAGCAGCCUCGAGGCACUGUGACCCCUCUGUCCUUGGUUUCAAGCCCAUCACAAACAUCAAUCCGUGUAUCAAUCAUUUGGCCCCUGUGGAGGAUCCUUUGGCGUUUUAACCUGUAAAUAUGGAAGUAGGGCAGAUACAGUUUUAUGACAGUGGUUGUCAUUCAACGUGCAUCACGUUUCGUAGGGAACCGUUGUUAUAAAUAUCCUAUAUGUUAGCUCUGUCACUAUGGGAACAUUUUAGGCGAAAUGUUAUCCUUUGUUUUAAAAGGCAAGGUUAGUGAGAAGUAUUUUCAUAACAUGUUGUCUGCGAGUUGUAAAAUUUCGUCUAGCUAUAUGUUGAAAAAGUUUAAAAUAGCGGAGGGGUAAUUUGAGCCCCCUUGCGCCAAACCGGGCCUAGUAUUUCUGCAGUCAUUCGUGUGUUAUCGUAAACUGUUACCGUUAACGUGAUACCAGCAAAUUCCAUGUUUUGCGACUACAACCCGUGGUUUCUACUAGUUUCCUAAAACAAUCGAAUGACUGGGUUUACAGAAGUGCUUAAUGGUUUGCCUAAUACCAAAUAUUUUGGUGGAUGUUGACUUUCUGUAUAAGACGAGGGCAAGUUGGAGAAAACGUUCCCGGAACCACUUUGCUAAUUUGCAUAUUCAGAAUAAUUUACUUGAAUUCUUUUGGGAAAUAGACGCGAUAGAAUGUUGAUUUUUCUCAAGAGAGCUAAUUUAUUUGUCCAUUUUCGGCAGAAAACGUUGAUUUCUACUCGUUUUAGUACCUUUGGGAAUUAGUUCCUCGCUCUGAAGUAGUACUUUGACAAUCAAGAGGCUCUGUUGAUUUCAGUUUAACAAAUUCCAUCGACUUACAGUCCUUCCUCCCAAAAUCCUUUGAAUCGUCAGCUUUUUGGGAUUUGAUUCGUGGCAAUUAAUCAAGAAUGUUUUAUCAAGCUGAAACCUAAAAUCAUUAUGAACAUUCCCCUGUUCAAAAUAAGGCAUUGAAUUUACAUUGAAUAAGAUGGUCGUAUUUGGCGGGGAUUUCUCUCAUCGUAUGCGUCAGUUUGCGCAAUUUGUGGGAUUAAAUGCCUCGCAAGUGGAAAACAGUGUUAUUAAACUUUGAUCAUGGCGUCCGCAAAACAGUUUAUUUGCUGACCUCGUAACGAGAACACACUUAACCGUUUGGGAUUAGGAUUUUAUGCACCAAAAAACCCGAUGUUUGUGCUGUUAACUGUGCAUAUUUUCUCGCGUUAUUGAGUAUUUUCUCAACAAAAUUUUUAAGGCUUGGUGAAUUGUAACAAAAAUUCUCACAUUGGAAGUGCACAAGGUGCAAUGUAGUAGCUAAGGACAUUGUAAUCUGACGGAAUAGGUGUUUCUCUAUUCCGUUCGCAUCCUUUUCUUUGCCAGCUUAAAAUGAAAUGUAAAUAGUACGGAAUAUGCGACACAGUAAACCUUCGGAGAUGCCCGCGAAAUCGCGAUAAAAUAUGCACAUGUGUUUUGCUAUCUGCAUACAAGAUGGCUAUAGUUUUAGCAACGUGUAAAUUUUGUACAUACAAUGCAAUUUCUUUUGCAUUUACAGAGUUAGUAAAUUUAAUACCCGUUCGUGCUGUUUGACCAGUAGACUUUCUUUGAAAUUUUUAAGAUUCGUACCAGCACCCCCUCCCUGCUCCAACCAUGUUGUACAUAUUUCUGUAAAUCGAAAAAAGCUCUGGCUGCCAAAACUCUCGUUGACAAACCAAAAUGUUUUCUAAAAAUAAGCUACCUUUUCUAAUGGUAUAUUAUUGAACUAACCAAAAAAUACACUUCACAAUCAUGGACUGCGUUUUCAAAUUGAUUGAGAGAUAAAAUGCAAUACAACAUUAAAAAACCAAAUUUAACGUCCAUAGCUGUAUUUAAUGUCAUGCUAUUUUAUAAUACAUUACUGUAAAUCCCCUCCCCCCUUCUUUCACAAGCCAACCUCUUUGUGUUUUCGUUUCUUUAUCAUGUGGCAUGCCCUGUACCUUUACCAUGGUUCCCGAAAUACUGUCCUUGGAAGAUUUUGUAAUUAGAUAAAAUUAUUUCUACUAAACAAAGACGGGGACUAUAAGGGAGAAGUUUCAUCUUUUCAAAUAUCUAUCGAAGUUACAAAUAAAGUAUGUGAAUAUGCGAACUUAAAAUGAGAAGAAUUUCACAAGCAGAUGUGCAACAUGUUGUUUAGCACCGAGUUGCUCUGCUCAUUCACUGCCCAGUUUUGAGGUGUUUGUUAACACGUAGGGAACUUGUUUUUCCCUUCAAAAGCACCAACCGUCAUCAUUACUGUAUUAUACCGUGUUAUAUAUUAAUCGUUGUGGUUCCUGUCAUCGUUGUUGUUGUUAUUAAUUGUUAUCCAGGUCUCCUCCGUUUCAGUGGGCUUUGUUGUGAUUCCAUAUUUGUAUGCGCUGUAUGUUUGUCUAGCACAUUUAGAACAAAAUAUAAGUUAUAAGACAUUAUAUAAAUGGCAA